GUCACGUCAGGCUGUUGUUGGAGGGUCUCUUCCCGCGCUCCUGAGUGCAGUCGGGGUAGAGAGGGUGGUGCUUCUUCUCUCUCCGGGGUCCGGCGCCUGACAGUCAUGGUUAGACUCCUCCGACCACUGAUCAAUCCUUCCUGGAGAUGGCUGCUUAUUGUGAAGAUCCCACCGAGGCCUGGUGGAGGUAGUUGCUGGUCACUAAGGCAACGCUUGGGAUCGGGGCCGCGAUGGGAUAGUAGUUUAACAAUCCUGACCCUAACCCUGCCACGUAGGAAGAGAGUUUCAAGCCGCCUGCCCCGAUGUCGGAAUCCCCUCUACAGCGUGCGUUUCUGGCAGCUAGGAACCUCCUAACCCAGGAAGUGGACUUACUGUAUGGUUUCAGGUCUUAGGGGGAGCCCCUCCUCUGCCCCCAAGACGAACUCUUACUUCCUGUUAAUACAGUCCAAGAAUCCCCAUAAUUCAGGAGUGUUCCAGAAAACCCCAUCGUUUCGCUUUGGGGAACGCAGGCAUACAUAAUAGCAGCCUUAAUGAAGUUUUAGAAUCUGCCCUUUCUUAAGCAGAAAACGCUGAGAGCACGAGAAGGUAGUUGGAGUCCCCUAACGAUGGAUAAAUUCGUCAUUCGAACGCCUAGAAUCCAGAAUAGCCCACAAAAGAAAGAUCCUGGAGGAAAGAUUUACAAGCAGGCCACGAUUGAAUCUCUGAAGAGAGUUGUGGUUAUAGAAGACAUAAAAAGAUGGAAAACUAUGUUGGAGCUUCCUGAUCAAACCAAAGAGAAUCUAGUUGAGGCCUUACAAGAAUUAAAGAAGAAAAUACCCUCCAGGGAAGUGUUAAAAUCAACAAGGAUAGGUCAUACUGUAAACAAGAUGCAACAUGCAGAUUCAGAGGUGGCUUGUCUUGCCAAUGAAAUUUACACUGAGUGGAAAACUUUCAUUGAAAAACAUUUGGAUAGACCUUCUAUUGAAGUCCGAAGUGAUCCCCAAACUGAGUCAUUUAGGAAAAACGCCCAGAAAUUACUCUCGGAAGCCUUGGAAUUAAAGAUGGAUCACCUACUGGUUGAAAAUAUUGAGCGGGAAACGUUUCAUCUCUGCUCCCGCCUCAUUAACGGGCCAUACCGGCGGACGGUGAGAGCUCUGGUCUUCACAUUAAAGCAUCGAGCUGAAAUCCGGGAUCAGGUGAAGAACGGCUCGCUGCCGGUCGGCACGUUUGUACAGACCCACAAAAAGUGACCUGAGGAUGGUUCCAACCCUGGGCUGGGCAGAGAGGAAAAUGGGCCUCUCUCUGCCAUUCAAAGACUCUUUUGAGUCUGGGUGAUGGCUGAUGCUGGCUGUGCUAAAUUUUCCCAUGGUGCCAUUCCUUCAGACAGAGGAUGCAGGGAGCCCUGGGAGACAGGCCUGCGGGAACCUGCUUCAUUAGCCGCAGUGCGCUGGUGCUGCCUAACAGGAUGCACGCAGGCUGUCACUAGGAAGCGCCAUACGAUUGCCAUCACCCAACACAGUGAAAGGGUGACGGAUUUCACUGUGAGCAUGCCAAGGACACCUCUAAACUUCCCCCAUGUCAGGCAGAUGAAGUUAACACUUUAUUUCGCCACCCUGCAGGUAACUGAAACUCAAUUACCGCUGCUGCUCACUCGGUUCCAUCCCCCUGAGUUUAGACAGCUCCGGUGCCUCUCAGAACUCCCCUGUCUUUUCUCUUUGCUCUACCCCAGGGGUGAGCCUGCUAGAGCCAGCGACUAGCCCUGCUUUCCAGAGCUCACUUAUCUGAACGUUUCAGCUCUCCCUAGAAGACCUUCUGUGUUGGUCUCUGGAGCCCCCAUGCUGAGGCUUCUAAUGAGGAACUGGCCUGAAGCCUCCCCACACCUCGGGGUUUAUUUGAAUACGGUGGCUCUGGUUUAGGGCUCUGUAGAAGAGACAUAAUGAAAUUUCUCCUGCAAUGAAAUACGGCAGUAAGGAAAACUGCAUAUUUUUUAAAAAAUGAAAUACCUCUGUACAGGCCUGCUUGAACAAUGAUGUAAAUGAUAUUUGCCUUUUUAAAAGUACUAAUAAACUGAGACUUCUGUU